UAGGCCUCGUCAGCACCAAGAUGAGCGUCACGUCGUGGUUUCUGGUGAGCAGCAGCGGCACCCGCCACCGGCUACCACGCGAGCUGAUCUUUGUGGGACGCGAUGAAUGUGAGCUCAUGUUGCAGGUGGUCAGACCAUGUCAGCAGCUGUGUGCAGGAGCAGCAGGCCAAUGCUUCCCACUGCCCCUGCAGGGGUGUGUCGCUCAAAGACAGCCACAGGGACAGGCAAGGCCGUGUGUGGAACACUCACCUCGAAUCAUUUUCUUGUGCUAUGAAGCCAUCUGGUGAUGACUUUUACUCACUGAAAGGCACCAAGACUGUGUAAGAUGUGGGGGCUCAGGCUGUGUCCCCAGCCUUGGAGAGUAGCCCCAGCCUGACCUGCGGGUUGCUCCACAGUGUGGCGUGGAGCUGCAUGGCCCUGAUUCAGGUGUGAUGAGGGUGUGCCCUGCCAUUCCCCCUGGUGGCCAGGAGGGCUCUGAGAGGAGCCACAGGGAGCCUGGGGUUUCGGGGGACCUAGCCUAGGCACUCGGUGGCCCUGCCCUGGCGCUGCUUGCUGUUCUUCUUAGGUGCUGGGGUGCCCAGACAGGGCUGAGGCCCAAGUCCUGCUUCUCAGCCUGGGAGUGGCAGAGCCCUGAGCAGGGCAGGACAGUGGUGGCUUCUCAGGUCUUCUUGCCAGGUGGCCCCUCCUGGGUUGCCUGCGUUUCUGGCUCUCCAUGUCCUGGGUGCUGUGGCCAUGUGACGUCUUGCAUGGGAGACAGCUUGAGGAGUUGGUGCAGGCACAGGUCACGCAGUGUGGACAAGCAGCAUGCCGUCAUCAACUAUGACCAGGACCGUGACGAGCACUGGGUGAAGGACCUUGGCAGCCUCAAUGGGACAUUUGUGAAUGAUGUGCGCAUCCCAGAUCAGAAGUAUGUCACGCUGAAGCUCAAUGAUGUCAUCCGCUUUGGCUACGAUUCUAACAUGUACGUGCUAGAGCGUGUGCAGCACCGUGUUCCUGAGGAGGCACUCAAGCAUGAGAAGUACACCAGCCAGCUGCAGGUGAGCGUCAAGGGCCCAGCACCCAAGAAAGGCGAGGCACUGCCCGAGCACACACCCUACUGCGAGUCCUUGCAUCCCAGGCCAGAGAAGGGGGACCGGAGACCUGGAGCAGAGGCAGUGGCCUACCGCACGCCCCUCUAUGGGCAGCCCUCCUGGUGGGGUGAGGACGACGGUGGCACGACACCCGAGGACCGGCGCCAGGAGGAACCCUGCCCAGAGCGUCCCAAGGAGGCGGCCCAGCGGGAUGGAGAGCUGGAUGGCUUCCGUGCACCUGUGGAGCCCCAGGGCUACUCGCUCCGGCGGGAGCCCAGCUACUUCGAGAUCCCCACAAAGGAGGCCCCGCAGCCCACACGGCCCCCAGAGACACCUGUGCACGAGGUGCCCACGAAGGACGAGGAGGGGGGUGAGGGCGCAGCCCCUGUGGUGCAGAGUCACGCCUCCUUCACCAUUGAGUUCGACGCUGGCAGCCCCGGCAAGCUGAAGAUCAAGGACCACAUCACCAAGUUCUCCCUGCGGCAGCGGAGGCCGCCCAGCAAGGAGCCCACGCAUGUGGAGGCCAUCUCGGCCGAGACCAAGGUGGCCGACUGGCUGGUGCAGAAUGACCCCAGCCUACUGCGCCGGCCCGGCCCCGGGGAUGACCGCCACAGCACCAAGAGUGACCUGCCCAUCCACACCCGCACCCUGAAGGGCCACAAGCAUGAGGAUGGCACACAGAGCGACUCCGAGGACCCCUUGGGGAAGGCGGCCACGGGGGCCGGGGCCACUGCCGAGGGCUCCGGGGAGCAGGUGCGGCUGCAGAGGCAGAUCAAGCGGGACCCACAGGAGCUGCUGCACAACCAGCAGGCCUUUGUCAUUGAGUUCUUUGACGAGGACACGCCCCGCAAGAAGCGCUCUCAGUCCUUCACACACACGCCUGCCGGGGAGCCCAAGCCCGACAGGCGCCGAGGCCCGGGCACUGCCGACAGGGAGCGCCCGGGUGCUCCCACCCGCAUGGCAGGCGGCGGCUCGGGACCACAGAGAGCCAGCUCACUCAAACGCGAGAAGACUGAGGAGCGGCUGGGCAGCACCUCGCCCGCCCCCCGGGCACCUGCCCGCCCCUUUGGCAGCGUGGGGCGCCGCUCCCGCCUGGCCCAGGACUUCAUGGCCCAGUGUCUGCGGGAGAGCUCCCCAUCCACCAGGCCUGGCCCCGAGAAGGUGCCCCCAGUGCUGCCUGCCCCCCUGACACCCCGAGGGGCCAGCCCCGUGGGACCCCCAACACCCCCACCACCUCCCACAGACCCCCAGCUCACCAAGGCACGCAGACAGGAGGAGGAGGACAGCCUCAGUGAUGCGGGCACCUACACCAUCGAGACAGAGGCCCAGGACAGGGAGGUGGAGGAGGCCCGCAAAAUGAUUGACCAGGUAUUUGGGGUAUUCGAGUCUCCCGAACUCUCCAGGGUGUCAGCGGCCACCUUUCGCCCAGUCAUCAAAGGGGACAGAGAGGAGUCCAGUGAUGAGGGUGUGGCCCAGCGCAUGGCAUUGCUGCAGGAGUUUGCCUCCCGGCCACCAGGCUUGGCACCCCAGAUGGAGCACCAGGGCCUCCUGGUUCCGGGCUCCCCUGGGGCUCAGAAGUGGGUAUCUCGCUGGGCCAGCCUGGCCGACAGCUACUCAGACCCAGGUCUGCCAGACGACAGCCCUGGGCCCAGGGCUGGAGAAGCCGAGGGGCCCCUGCCUGCUCGCACGCGGCGACUGCUCCCACGGCUACCGGGCAACAGGGCUGCCAGUCCUGCAGGCCACGAGGCUGCCAGAAGGAGUGGGCCCGGGCCACCCAACCUGGGCAGAGAGCCGGCCAGCUACCCCGUGGGACAGGAGGACCUGGAGCCCGACAGCCUGAGUGAUGCCAGCGGGUCGGACGGGGUCCCAGAGCCAGGCGCAGAGCAGCUGGAGGGGAGACGCAGGGGCCCCCAGGAGGGGCCAGCUGGGACGCGGCGCUCACCCAGGACUCCUGGGGAGCCGGCCCCCACGUCUUUCUUCAUUGGAGGCCAGAGCAGGGAGGCCACUUCCUCCCAGAAGCCGUACGUGGCUCCUGGGGAGGUGCAGGGCCCUGGUCGGGCAGCCCAGACCAGCCCCCCAGCCAGCGAUGGCCUCUAUGUCAGUACCAGCGGGAGGAUGGUCAUCCAGCUACACACUGGGCCGUCCCCAGAGCCCCACAGCCCCUGCCUGCCCCCUCCCAAGGAAGCUGUGGCCUUUGUGCGGCAGGAAAGCUUCACCAAGGAGCCGGCCAGCAGCUGUCCUGCACCUGGCAAGCUCCCGCACGUCUCCAGUCACCCCCUCCUACAGGACCUGGCUGCAGCCCGGGCCUCACGUAUGGACUGCCACUCACAGGACACCCACCUGAUCUUGAAGGAGACCGAGUCGGCCCUGGUGGCCCUGGAGGCACGAUUGCUCUCCAAGUCUGCAGAGGGAGAGGGGGAGGGGGGCAGCACCCCCAGGCCCCCAGAGGACUCAUUGUCUGGGGACUCAGAUGUGGACACGGCCAGCACCGUCAGCCUGCUCAGUGGCAAGAAUGGACCCAGUCCAACAACCCCCCAGCCCCGAGGGCGACAGGAGAAGCUGCCUUCCCCACCAGCAGUGCCAGACCCUGGGGGUGCCACCCAGAGCAGCACCCGGGAACAGCUGUCCGAGAAGCAGCAGCACCCACCAGGCCCAGCAGACCUGGGCUGCGGGGAGCCCCCAAGACGCCUGGCUGCACGGCGGGGCCAUGGGCCCCGAGGGUCCCUGGACUGGCCUGAUGAUGAGCGGGGCUCUGGCCUCACCCACCCAUCCAGCUCAGACUUGGUCAUCUCCAACCAUGAGACCCCGGAGGCCACUGGGGCAGGUCGGCCAGGACCUCGUCGGAAGCCAGUGGCCCCCCCGCCAUCGCCCGCUGCUCGGGAAGAGCAGAACCGCAGCUCCACCAGUGCCCAGAAGGUACAUCAGGCACUGACCCGCUCCAACAGCCUGUCCACCCCCCGGCCCACUCGGGCCUCCCGCCUGAGACGAGCCCGACUGGGGGACACCUCAGACACCGAGGCCAUGGACAGUGAACGGGGGCCCCCGGCCAAUUCCGAGCCAGCCGGCCGGCCAGCUCCUGAGCAGGCCAAGAAGCUGUCGCGCUUGGACAUCUUGGCCAUGCCCCGGAAGCGGGCAGGCUCCUUCACAGGGCCCAGCGACUCUGAGACAGCCCCGGCCCGCGCAGGCUUUUCCGGCCGCAGUGUCGAGCUGUACUCCACCAGCCGCAAGCCCACCAUGGCUGAAGCCCGCGCCGCUGCCAGGAAGGCCGCCGCCGCCGCCGCCACUGCCACCCCUGCCACCCCUGCGGGCUCCCGCCAGCCCUUCAGCCGGGCUCGCCCAGGCAGCGCCAGAUACUCUUCCAACGCGCGUCGCCGGCAGCAGGGCUCGGACUACACGUCCACCUCCGAGGAGGAGUACGGCUCCCACCACGGCUCCCCCAGACACUCGCGCUCCCACGCCUCAACAGCCACGCAGACCCCCCGGGCCAGCGGUGCUGGCCGUGCUCGCCCCCGGGCCCCCGGCCUCCGGGACACUGAUGACGAGGAGGAGCCUGACCCCUAUGGUUUCAUCGUGCAGACAGCAGAGAUCGCGGAGAUAGCCAGGCUAAGCCAGACCCUGGUGAAGGACGUGGCUAUUUUGGCCCAGGAGAUCCACGACGUAGCUGGAGACGGUGACUCGCUGGGCUCACCAGGGCCCACCCGCAGUCCUUCUCUUGGGAAUGUGCCCAGCACCCCCGCCUCAACCAUCUCCGCCCGUGAGGAGCUGGUGCAGCGCAUCCCAGAGGCCAGCCUCAACUUCCAGAAGGUGCCACCUGGCUCCAUGAACUCUCGGGACUUCGACCAGAACAUGAACGACAACCGAGAGGGUGCCCUGGCCAACAAGACGCGGCCUCGGAGCCGCGAGGAGGUGAUCUUCGAUAACCUGAUGCUGAAUCCUGUGUCCCAGCUGUCACAUGCCAUCCGCGAGAACACGGAGCAUCUUGCUGAGAAGAUGAAGAUCCUGUUCCAGAACACGGGCCGGGCAUGGGAGGACCUGGAGGCCAGGAUCAACGCCGAGAAUGAGGUGCCCAUCUUGAAGACGUCAAACAAGGAGAUCAGCUCCAUCCUGAAGGAACUGCGGAGAGUGCAGAAGCAGCUGGAAGUCAUCAAUGCCAUCGUGGACCCCAGUGGGAACCUGGACCUGCUCACAGGAAACAGAAUUUGCACAAGCUCGGGGCAGCCCGGGCUCGGGAAGGGCUGGACAGCAGCCCAGAGCCCGUCCACGCCCACCUCAGUGGAGACCUUGUUGCCAGCCCUGCCCCUAAGGAGCUUCCCACAGCGGGCCAACUGUGGGCCCCCCGGCCUCCCGGAGCCUGCCUUCCUCCCCGAUGCAGAGAGGUUCCUGAUCUAGGCCAAGGCCAGGAGGGCCAGGCCAGCCUCCCUGUGCGCAUGUGUCCUGUACCUGCCCACCCACCUCUUGUCCCACCUGCCCGACCUCAGGCAGUUCUCUGUGAAAAACCCCACAUGUGCCAUAACCCCAUGGGCAAGCACCUCCCACACCCAGGCCCCCUCCUCAGCCCCAGCCAGCACCCCAACCUCAUCCAGCCUCCAAUGGCUGCCCCUACCCCCACAAGCCUCCUGGCCCAGUGUCUGGUGUGGCCACUGCCAAGAGCAAGCCCUGCAGGACACAUACCCACCCCUCAUCACUGUUAUUUUUGUUCUUAGCUUUAAAGAAAAAUGUAGUUUGUGCCAUUGCAGGGAGGUCCCACCAGGUGACCACAAUGCUACCCUCAGCCUGUCAGGGCCCUGCCUGGACUCACUGGGAGGCUCUGAACUGACCUGUUGCCACCCUGUAUGCUGGGCAUGGGUCAUUCAGUGCCAGACGUGGAGCUGGGGAGGGCUCGGGCAUGUUCCCACUCCUGUCCAGGAGGGAGAGGACUUGCCCUGGUGGCUCUACCUGCUCCAGUCAGCAGCCUGGGCAGGUGAGCAACCCUGGAGGUGUUUGAGGCAGAAAGCCCACAACUCUAAGCCUCUGGUGCCAACACAACUGCCAAACCCACGGAGCUUCAGGCUGCCCCAGGGAGACGGCCCACGUGUGGGCAGGUGGCAUAAGCUGGCCUGUGGACCCGGGUGCAGAGUUGUGGAGACAGUGUCCGUUUAGAGCCAGCCCAGGUCCGCCGGCAUGCUGACUGCAAAGAGCGGCAGAGGUCAUCCCAGCCAGGGACCUGGACUUCUAGGGGGCUUGGGGGUGGGCACAUGGGCGCACAGCCCCCGGGUGAGGUGAGUGCAAGACCAAAGGGGCUGGGAAGCAGGCUCCCCGAAGCUCCCUGGUUGGUGGUCUGGACAACAUGGCUGCCUCUCGCGCCCCCGGCCUCCCUCUUCUGUGGCAUUGAGUCAGUCCUCUGCAGCAGGCUCCUGCGGCCUGACCCGAGGUGGGGAGCAGGGGCUGGCCCAGGAAGGUUGUGCUUUCUCAGGAUCCUUCAGCUGGGAGCAUGCCGGGGAGCAGAACCUGCUCCCCUGCUGCAGCGGUGGCCGUUUCUGGGGCCACCAAGCCAAAGAGCCUGUUGGCUGUGGUAGGGUGGGGCAUGCCCUGGGAUCAGAUGGUGGCUGUGCCUACGCUGCUCCUGGUGUCAGUGCAGGCGUGGGACCCUGGUGGGCCCUCCACUGUGGGAGGUGGCUGCAGGCCCCACGGGUGAUGGGCUCCCUGUUUACAGAUAGCUGGCGUGGAAUCCAGUGCAGGGCCCUGCACACCCGUGCCCCGGCCCACCUCAUGUUUACGUGUGUGUUCGUGUGUGUGUACACUGUGUGUGUGUGUGCAGGGAGGCUGGGGGAUCCCGCCUGGCCCUGUCCCCAGAGCCCACUGUCCAUUUGGAGGAGGUGCUAGUCCAGCCUGCCCGGGUGCCGCCCACCCCUGCAUGCCCCUCCCAGCUGCCCACAUCCUGUUUCCCGGAAUCAAGCCGUGGCCACUUGCCUUGUCCAAGACUUAUCCACCCUCACCCCUGCUCACUGCUGUACAAUUCUUUUUAUGCACAAACUGGUGUCCCCACCCCCACGCGAGUCCCUGUGUUCCUCCCCUCCAGCCUUUGACCUGGGAUUAGUACCUACCUGCCUGGCUUCUUGGAGGUAUGGCUGUACACUGUUCUCAGGUGGUCUCGUGGGUGUCUUUCAGAAAAUGGUUAUUUUAUAUGAUUUGUCAUGCAGUUCUAAUAAAUCAUUCUUGUAUCACGUGGCAGCA